ACCCCUAAAAGAUGUGAUUGUUACAUCUAAAGCUUCACAUCCACAUCAAAGGGGCUGUGGUUUGGUGGUCCGGAUUGAACUCAGUGGCUACAAUUGGAUUGGCAAAUUUCUUUAAUUUAUUUUUUAUUAAGUUUAAACUUCUAAUUAAUGAUGGCCUAAGUUGUGUAGGAGCCCCAAGAAUAACUACCAGUCAAAAGCUGCUUCAUUUCAAGCACUCUCUCUCAAACCUACCAUUCUUUCUCCUCUUUCUUGAAGAAUCAAACAUGGGUUUCCUUCCUACAAUUGAUUUUCUAACUUCUCUUACCAAAACUUUCUAUCCUUUUAUCUUUUUCUCUGGAGUUUCUUGUCUUCAACCUUCUGCAAUUUGAUCUGGUACAAUGGCAAGGCCUGGAAACAGGAUCAUACAAGCCAAGCUGGUGCUUCUAGGAGACAUGGGAACUGGGAAAACCAGUUUGGCACUAAGGCUUGUCAAAGGCCAGUUUUAUGAUAACCAGGAACCAACUAUUGGAGCAGCCUUUUUCACUCAGAUACUAUCUUUAACUGAAGCCACUGUAAAAUUUGAUAUAUGGGAUACAGCAGGUCAAGAAAGAUACCAUAGCUUGGCUCCUAUGUAUUAUCGUGGUGCAGCAGCAGCCGUUGUUGUGUAUGAUAUUUCAAGCAAGGAUACACUUGUACGGGCCAAAAAGUGGGUUCAAGAACUGCAAAGACAAGGAAAUCCCAAUAUAAUCAUGGCGUUGGUGGCAAACAAGUCUGAUUUAGACUCAAAGAGAGAGGUGGAGAAUGAGGAAGGAGAGCAAUUUGCUCAGGAGAAUGGAAUGUUUUUCAUUGAAACAUCUGCGAAGACUGCACAGAAUGUCAAUGAGCUUUUCUAUGAAAUAGGUAAUCUAUUUCACCAUAUUUGUCUUGGUAAAACAAAGUCAUUACAUUCAUUUAAUGCUGUGAACAGUUUGAUCUUGGAUCUGACACAAGUAAAUCAAAGUACAUUAGUGUAUAAUGUCAUUCUGGUGCAACCUCAUGCCAGCCACCAGGAAUGAGCUGUUUUAGCCAUUUGAUAAUGUCAUUUUAAUGCAACUACAUACCAGCUACCAGUUAUUGACAGUUGUAGCCAAUAAAUAUGUGCUUUUUUCAACUACUUUACUUUCACAACCUAGAAAACAUGCAUACAAGGACUAGAAUUCUACGGUUAGGAGAAGAUUAAAGAUGGAGCAUCUCCCUUUUCUUAUUCGUAACUUACAUUGUAUACACAGAAGGCUUGAAGGUUUUAAACCCUUUUUUUUAUUAUUAUCUUCCUUUUCUUUGGUAAACUAAUUCUUGCAUACUUGGAUGGGAACUUCCUUAUAUCCUGUUUGCAGCUAAGAGAUUAGCCAAAGCUUGCCCUCCAAAGCCUUCAGGGAUACAUCUAAAUGAUGAAACAGAAGGUAGAAGAAGAAAGCUCUUUUGUUGCCUGGGGUGAAAGUCAUAUACUCAUACUGUCUUAAUGUGUGGAGUUCAAAGGUUAGGGAAUAUUCUUUGCCCUCUUGACAAUGUGUAACAGAUGCGCUGCUUUCCGGAUCCAUUCCUUUUCUACCAGAGUUCUUGCUAUCACCUAUCAAAUGUUGGAUUGUCAAUUUAAUUCUUAUUUGUACGAAUUACUACAGUAAUUGUAAAGAAAUUGUUGCCCUGAUAUGGGGACUACUAAAAUGAUCAAACAUGCAAACUUGUCAAUACAGUGAUUGUAUAUAUGGUCUGUAAAUUCUGUUGCUGUGUAUACAUGCAUGUUGUCUGGUUUCAAAAGGAUCAACGACAUUGCAGGUCUUUGUAAUCUUUCCAAAUUCCAGCCGUUAAAAUUAAUCCAUUUUCUUGGC